AUGCCUGCUUUGCAGACUCCUAUUUGCAAUUUGGAUUUGAAAAUAGGAAACUCGAUUAUUGAAGUAUUAAGAGCCUCUGAUUUGAAGGAUAGCAAAUUCAAGUCACCUAAAAAAACUGGUAUUAUUCGGUGUCCUAUUUAUACUACUUUGGAUCAAGAAACGAAUACAGAAAUCAAGGACCUAAUGAACAAAGAGGUUUUUGAAGAUGAAAAGUAUCUGUUUACCAUUGAAAAUGGUAUUGUAUAUGCAAUCAAGAACACAUGCAAUUUAGAUGAAACCAAUAAAGAAUUACGAGACUACGUUGCUUCAACAUGGAAAGAUCCACAACUUUUACACGAUGAUGCUUGCUCAACAGCGACUCCAAACAAAACUGUCGAGUAUUUUUUAAACGACUCCAUUGAAAAGGCAAUCACGUUUGUUGUCAUUGAAAAAGUCGACUGA